UCUCUGGCUCAGCAGAGAUCAUAAACUAGUUAGUGGAGCGAGGGAAACGUCACUGCUACGCCGGGACAGUUCAGAGCAGUUUACAGCCGGUGACUCUACUAGAUAUAUUUAUUAAACAUAAUUCUGUCUACAUAGAUAGUACUUUCACAAGCACUUAAUAUUGUUUACCAAAGAAAUGGUGAUGGAGAAGCCAAGUCCCCUGCUUGUAGGGCGGGAGUUUGUGAGGCAGUAUUACACACUGUUAAACAAGGCACCAGAUUUCCUGCACAGGUUUUAUGGGAGGAAUUCUUCCUAUGUUCAUGGAGGACUUGACCCGAGUGGGAAGCUGGCGGAAGCGGUGUACGGGCAAGCGGAAAUCCACAAGAAGGUCAUGUCCCUGCAUUUCAGUGAGUGCCACACAAAGAUCAGGCAUGUGGAUGCCCAUGCCACACUGAGUGAUGGAGUGGUGGUGCAAGUCCUGGGAGAACUGUCAAACAAUGGUCAGCCAAUGAGGAAGUUUAUGCAAACGUUCGUGCUUGCUCCAGAAGGUUCUGUGGCGAACAAGUUCUACGUCCACAAUGACAUCUUUCGCUACGAAGAUGAGGUUUUUGGCGACUCUGAAGCUGAGCUUGAUGAAGAAUCAGAGGAGGAAGUUGAAGAGGAGCCAGAGGAGAGGCAGCCAUCCCCUGAGCCACUUCAAGAAAGCCCCAACAGCACCACUUAUUACGAACCUCACCCUGUCGCUAAUGGAGUAGAGGAGCCCAUGGAGGAGCCGGCUCCAGAGCCUGAGCCCGAGCCUGAACCAGAGCCCAAAGUAGAGGAGAUAAAGCCUGAUGUAGAUGAGAAGGUUCUGGAAGAGAUGGAGGAGAAAGCCCCGUCACCGGUCCCUGUGGAGUCUCCACCAAACACCCAGGAGCCUCCCAAGACUUUCUCGUGGGCCUCGGUGACCAGUAAAAACCUGCCUCCCAGCGGAACAGUUGCCUCCUCUGGAAUCCCACCCCAUGUUGUUAAAGCUCCAAGCUCACAGCCAAGAGUUGAAACCAAGACGGAGACACAGACUGCCCCUCUUCGGUCCAGAGACCAGCGCACACGUGACAGACCUGCCUUUACUCCGCGGGGUCCCAGGCCUGAUGGUGUUGCAUCUUCGGAGUCACAAACGGGGAAACCACACUUGAGUUUUGUAAACAAAGGUGGUCGGGGAGAUGCUGAACCUGGUGAAAUGGACAGCAGGCGGAUCGUCCGAUACCCAGACAGUCACCAGCUUUUUGUUGGCAACCUCCCACAUGACAUUGAUGAGAGCGAGCUCAAAGACUUCUUCAUGACUUAUGGAAAUGUUGUGGAGCUGCGGAUCAACACCAAGGGCGUUGGUGGGAAGCUGCCCAACUUUGGAUUUGUGGUCUUUGACGACUCUGAUCCUGUGCAAAGAAUCCUGGGGGCCAAGGUAGAAGGGCCUAUCAUGUUUCGAGGCGAGGUGCGUCUGAAUGUGGAGGAGAAGAAGACGAGGGCGGUGCGUGAACGAGAGACCCGUGGUGGAGGAGAUGAGCGUCGGGACAUGAGGCGCAACGACCGAGGCCCCGGAGGUUCCAGAGGCAUCGUGGGAAGUGGAAUGAUGCGAGAGCGUGACGGGAGGGGACCACCACCGCGAGGCGGCAUGGCCCCCAAACCCGGCAUGGGCUCCGGAAGAGGCUCUGGUGGCCAGGGAGAGGGUCGCUUCACAACCCAGCGUCGCUGAGGACAGCGCCACCUGCAGUGUGGAAGUAGUACCGUGUUCUUCAUCUUCAACCGUUCUCGUUAACGAAAAGAAAUCUUCAUGUAUGAACGUAUAUAUUGGUUUUUGUUUUAUUUUUUUAUUUUUUUGUUCCCUCUUUGCUUUGGAAUGUGACAUAGCCUGUCAACCUUUGUUUGUGAAAUAGACAAAACAAAAUAAGCAAACAGAAAUUGCGCUUAUUAGUUGUGAGCUGAGCGUCCUUUUCGGGUAUCUCAAGAAUUCACAAACUUUAAUUUGUAAAUUUGUGGAAAAAAGGCGAACCAACCAGGAGUAAUCUGCCACAUUAGGAGGGACUGAUAAGACUUUUAACUACGAUAAUACAGCCCAUCAUUUGGAAAAGAGAUUAUAUGCCUUGACUUAACUGGGGCGCUGCUUCACGAAAUCCCUCUAUUGCACAUUUUAUAUGGUAGUUUUCUGCCCGUUACUGUUGGAAAAGAGUGAGAUGCAAAAUUUGUGCAGUUCCAGGGGAAAAGCUUGCCUUUUACUUUUUUCCUUUUUGAGAGACCACUGCUUCAAAUUUGCAUAAUGCACUCAUCAAUAUGCACUAAUGGGUACUUUUGUCGUAUUACAUUGACAUCAAUGCUUGGAACGCAGCUGGAGAGACCUGUUUUGUCUCAAGGCGAUACGACUUUCCGGGGCAGGCCUCGCUCACAGCCUGUCUGCUGUGACCAAUGUACUUUUCACACCUAUGACCCAAAACAAGCUUCAAUUACCGCUGGAUGGACAAGAUGACGAGCAAAUCUACAUUAUAUUUUUUUCUCAUUUAUAAAUCGAAUAAAAAAUAAAAAAAAGCUCAAAUCCUGGACUUUCACCAAAUGAGUGGCGGGACAAAGGAUACACAAGAAACAAAGUUGAACAAUAGAAGAGUGGUGGUAAUGAUGGCGGCUCGCUCAGUUUUUUUUCUUUUGAUUCCAAGUUUCUUUUUCCCUGCCAGCUAGACCGCAAAACCGGGAUGGACGACACCUUCCCUCCCUUCCUCUCUUAAGUGCGGAGUAACAGAAUAAAUGUACAGCAGAAAUCAUAGUUUACUGUAUGUUUUGUUUUCUGUGUAUAUUUUCAUUUCUCUCUGGACUUGAUAAAAGCAUGAAUGGUGCCUUCUAUUUCACCUUUUCCAGUCUUACUAGAGCAAAGCGGUUCGAGGCAUUCUGCCUCUUAAUGUGGAGCUGCUCAUUUGAAUUGUUUUUGGGAGCAUAUAGAAAAAGAAACCGCAGUAUUCACAAGUUUAAGGUUUUUGUUUUUUUUCAGGUGCAUAUUUCAUUUUUUCCAUACUGUUCUACUACCUAAGAUGAUCUGCUGUGAGUUUUGUACAUUUGUUUUGUAUUGUGUCUGUUCUGGGUUUUGUAGAGACAAUAGGUGCCUCCAGUUCUGUUGUUAAAUGGUUAAGAGCUGUAUCUGAAGAACAACCCCCUCCAGCCCCCCCCCCCAAAAGGUACAUUAAAGAUAAUGUGGGAAAAUGUUUGCUCCCUGGUUUAACAAGUCAAAGCUCUACACAAAAAAUAAUUCAGUGAACUAAGGUUUGCCGUUUGGAAACAAUCUGAUUCAGAUUCUGUUAAAACUUCCUUUUAGUCUGACCGUAGUUUUUGCAACUCAUGGUAGCACUCGGGGUUAAUACCUAGACCUAAAAGUUGUCAGACUGUUCUUCUCUCAGCAACAAUUUUGUAAUGAUCUGUGUGGGUGGGUGAGCUGGCCGUAGUUCCAGUCCACCGACUAGCGAAUAAUUGUGCUCACUUUUCUAGCCGUUUAUGCAUUUGUAUUUUCAUACGCUGAUUAUUCAUUGUUCUUAUUUGUGCUCGUUUAUUUUUUCCAUACAAGGCAAGUCUGAUGUGAAAGCCAUACUAGUCGUCUCUCGCUUAUCCUCUGAUGCGCUUUCUUUUACCACUUGGUUGGGAGGGAAGACCUUUUGGUUUCAGCUGGAAAGGAAAACAUGAGAUCAUUUUUUUUUUUUUUUUUUUUUGUUAUCUUGCACUGAAAUGGGAUGUAAAAUCGAUGUAGCAUUUUUCUGGACAAAUAUACUAAUGAGGUCUUCCUUGUCUGGUGGUAUUGCACUAUUUACAACAUUUCUGGGACAAUCUGUAAUUUUGAACACAGACUCUCCAAAUUCCUCAUCUGGCAGUGAAAAAAAACAAAAUUAUCCGCAUGAAAUAAUAUCUGCUCUCUUGCAGUUAAAACAUUAUUUGAUGUACAGACAUGGCAUAUUUAAUGUAGUUUUCCACAGUAAAGACCGGCUGCUCUCCCUUUAUAGUUGAGAUUAAAUAUUUUCAGAUGUGAGAUUAGUUUUCAAUAGAGACCUUUUUAAUUUGUUACCAUCAGUCUUUGACUAAAUAUUACAGAAAAAAUGACCGCCCCUUGCUCCUAGAGUGUUUUUAACAGACAGUUUCUGAUUGGUACCUCUACCCGAAUGUUUAUUUGUCAGGUAAUUGCUUAAUUUAAGCACUUGCCUGCAAUCCUACUUUUUACAGCAACGGUCAAUGAAGAGGGUGACGAAGAAGAGCCAUCAUGCUUUCAGACCAAUUUGUGUUUUUCACCUCACAAUGGUGGCAAAAUGUUUGAGGAUAUAAAUUUACAGUUUGAUAGUUCUCCUUUUUCACCGAGGUUUUCAACCCUCCCACCCUUUUUCCAAACCAAACCUUUAAAGGAUCUUCAAAAGAAAAAAACGCAGAUCCUCAUUGUGAAUCAUUCCAGUCCCGUUUGAAUGGAAAUAAAAGUACCUUCUUGGCUUUAGCAGGUGUGGUAAACAGUUGGCUGCCAUCUUAAUUUUACUGUGUUUACCCUUUACUUGUUGCUAGUACAAAAGUGUUGCAGGUGGAGAAUCUUUUUUUUUGUUUUGUUUUUGUUCUUUUUUCCUUUCUAUUUUGAAUGUGUUGGACUUAACAUACAAUAAACUACUGAUAUCAGCACCACUCAUA